AUGAUCUAUUCCAAGCAAGAAUAUUAUACACCUGCUGAGGUCGCAAUCCAUAACAGUCCUAAUGACUGUUGGGUGUCCCUCAAUGGAAAGGUGCUGGAUUUGACUUCUUGGUUGGAAAAGCAGCUAAAGCUUUGCAAAUGCACCAAAAGCUGCUCGUGCACUGUCAAGGACUGGUACUGCGGUGUCGAUUGCGUUGAGUACUGCGCUUGUUUUAAAAGAGGGUACAUGUAUUGCGAUGCGAAGAGACUAGCGAUGACAAUUAUAGCUUAUGCCGGCAAAGACGUAAGCCACUGGUUUAAAGGUAAAGAAUGGGUGAAAUAUAUUCAUCCAAUUGUUGGAUCCUAUAUCCCGUAUAUGCGCCAUGGCCACGGCUUUAGGCAGCCUGUCGUACCGUCGACACGUUGGCGGCCCAUCAGCAAGCCCUGGUGGCUAGACGAAAGCUUUGUGGUUGGGAAGUUAACUUCAAAGACCAGACCGAUUAGAAUCACCAAUACUUUAACAGGUUCAUCUGUGACAUUGGAAGUGUGUUCUGAGGAGACAAUAUAUCAAAUUAUGAUGCGCUACCUACCCCACAAUUCGCACAUGCUCUCCUAUACGUGGCGCCAUCAAGGAAAGGGUCUCGAUUACAAUCGUACGCUCGAGGAGAACGGAAUAGUUGACGAAAGGGAUUGCUUCAAUAACCUCGCGCUUCCUGAGAACAUUUAUGUCCCUGAACUCCUGCUGUAUUAUAACGACGAUUUAACUGAAGAUCCCCCUAAAGAAGAAUGCGUUUGUCGCAACAAAGAGUGCAGGAUAAACCCCGAACAAUGUCGAAAUAUUUGA